GCUCACGUGGUACCAUGAGGUCAAAGGGUUUAUUUGUCAAAGAUCGUCUAUUCAGAAUGGUUUGGACAGUGCGUCACUCGAGGGGAAAACAUUGCUGAUGACAGCUGGGAGAAACCCGGGUUUGACGAUCACCGAAUUCAUCGACCUGAACACAAACGAUCUUUGACUACGUCUACGUCAUCACGUACGGACGCAAAGCACUGUGGUACCACGCUGUCAUGGCUGCGAAUAUAAACAGAAAACUGUGGUAAAAUGUCCGGAGGAAACAAAGCUGCUGAGGUUCCGCUCCAGAUGAGGCAGAACAUAGACGAGCUUCACAGCUUCAUGAGGGAGCUGGAGAGCUGGGAAGCAGACAUCAAGAAAAAGGACAACGAGCUGAGGACAGGAGGAGUUCAGGAGGUCCAGAAAAAGCUCCCCCCUGUGCGCAACAAGGACCACAGAGCAAAGAUGAAGAAGAAACAGAAGAGCAACAGCCACUCCAAGGCAGAGACGUCUGCAGAGGAGGCUUCCAGAAUUAAAGCAUACGACUAUCGCUCCUGGGACAAGUUUGAUGUGGACAAAGCCCUCGCGGAAGUGGACAAAGACGGGGGUCCAGAGGAGUCCCACGAGUCCGACUCUGAGGACGCUGCGGUGGAUCCGGAGACGGCGCUGACAGAGAAGGAAAAGGGCAACGCCUUUUUUAAGGAGGGGAAGUACGAUGAGGCCAUUGAUUGCUACACCAGAGGGAUGGAUGCAGACCCAUCCAAUCCAGUGCUUCCCACAAACCGAGCCAGCGCCUUUUUCCGGCUCAAAAAGUUCGCCGUAGCCGAGUCCGACUGCAACCUGGCCAUCGCUCUGGACGGCCGAUACGUCAAAGCGUACUGCCGGAGGGGAGCGGCUCGCUUCGCCUUGAAGAAAUAUCAGCCGGCGCUUGAGGAUUACCAGGCGGCUUUGAAACUGGAUCCCGGGAAUGUGGAAGCCCAGAACGAAGUGAAAAAAAUCCAAGAGGUCCUCGGGCAGCAGACGGGUGAUGAACGGAGCGAGCGGCAGCAGGAGGCUCCUGUUGAAAACCGGGAGCACCAGACGCUCCUGGAGGAGCAGAGGAGGCAACAGGAGGCAGUUGUGCACAAAGACCGGGGGAACGCCUAUUUUAAAGAGGGGAGGUAUGAGGCGGCCGUGGAGUGCUACACCAAAGGAAUGGAGGCCGACUGCAUGAACGUCCUUCUCCCUGCAAACCGAGCCAUGGCGUUCCUCAAACUGGAGCGGUUCAAGGAGGCAGAGGAGGACUGCAGCAGAGCCAUCUCCCUGGACAACACUUACUCCAAGGCCUUCGCUCGCCGCGGCACGGCCCGAGCGGCGCUACGGAAACCGCUGGAGGCCAAACAAGACUUUGAACGGCUGCUGGAACUGGAACCAGGGAACAAGCAGGCGCUGAACGAACUCCAGAGGCUCCAGCGCGAGUUAGAUUCCUGCGCUCUUCCUCAAGCAGACGAAGAAUCCCAGAGGAGAACAGUGGAGCCAGUCGACAAACCGGAACAUCUACGCUCAACUAAACCUCUGAGGAGGAUCACCAUCGAGGAGGUGGGCGGAGUCUCUGCACAAACAGCAGCUGAGUCCAAGUCCUCCAUCCAGGAAGUGGUGAAGGACUCUGGGGACGCGUCAUCGCCGCUGUCCACUUCCCCCAUCGCCAAGAUGAUCAAAAUAGAGGAGAUCCCAGACUCAUCCACCGGCUCCUCCGCCCGUUUCCUCAGCAGAUCGGACAGCAGACCACCGCAGGAGGACGCCGCUCCCCCUCCGCCAGCCUCCUCCUCCUCCAUAGAGACAGACCUCCCUCCUCCACCUUCCAACUGCUUCCAGCUGGAGGCCGACCUCCGGAAGAUGAGAAACCAGCCCCAAGCCGUUUACAGAUAUUUAACGCAAAUCCAGCCUGAAGCGUACCAGGAGAUUUUCCAGACCUCCCUGGAACCGGACGUCCUCAACCAGAUCCUGAAGACGCUGCACCAGUUCUUCAUCCCGAACGAGCCGCCGGCCGUCACACUGGACACCCUGAGCAGCCUGGCCAGCGUGAGACGCUUCGACAUGGCGGUCAUGUUCAUGUCGACCUCCGAGAAGAAAGUGAUUCAAGAACUGUUCCACUUCCUGCUGCAGUCACAGCUGGACCAAACGUCUGUGGAGGCCGUGAAGAAGAAAUACGGAGUGUGAUGCUUGAAUUCUGGACAGAUUUGAAUUUUGAAGCGUGAAAACAUUGUUCAGAGGUAACCGUUACUUCAUUCACUCACACAUCAGUAAACGGCGGUUUGAUGAACAGCGAUCCUAAUAGGAGAACAUCCGCACGUUUUUUCAGAACUCCUGAGCUUAUUUAGCAGAUUUGAUGGUGAAUGUGAACUGAAAGCAGUUCUGCAGGCUGAAAAACCUGAGCUGGACUGUAAGUUUGUCGUUUGAAAUGCAGUAAAACGUCCAGACAUCCGUGUUUCAUCUGCAGAAGUCAGACUAAUAAAGUUGCUUUUUGUUUUCCA